AUGGAGUUAUUAGUAGCAGUAGAUGAUCGAGAACUAUUGACAUGGUAUGUUGAGGCUUCAUUAGUUAAGAGCUAUCAGACUACCACUGACACAUUGCCAUUUGAGGCCCUAUAUGGAAAGAGUUGCAAGUCGCUAGUAUGCCAAGGUGAGGUUGGUGAGAGUAAGUUGCUAGGUCCUAAGCUAGUGCAGACCACGAAUGAGGCAAUACAGAAGAUCAGAGCUCGUAUGCAACCAACUCAGAGUAGACAGAAAAGCUAUGCCGAUGUGAGACGUAAGGACUUGGAAUUUGAGAUUGGUGAUAAAGUAUUAUUGAGGGUGGCACGUAUUAUGAGGUAUGUGACAGAUCCAUUCUAUGUAGUUGACUUUGAGCCAUUGCAGUUGAAUGACAACUUGAGCUACGAGGAGAAGCCUGUAGAAUUUCUCGCCAGAGAGGUAAAGACAUUGCGCCCUAGGGAGAUUGCGCUUGUAAAAGUCCUGUGGAAAAUCACUAGUUCAAGGAGGCCACUUAAAAGUGAGAGAAUGAGAUGA